UGCAUCAUCAACUCAGAAUAAAACCAAAUAUCAAAAUUCGCCGCUCCUUCAAAUUCCCCCUUUUUGAAUCGAAUCGAAUCAAAACCGGAGCCCUAACUCAAUCUCACCGAUCGCAGAUGGCUUCGAGGGUGUCUCUGAAGGCCGGGAAGGGAAAGGUCGUCCGGAAAUCGGCGGCGGCGGACGAGGAGGAGGGUUCCGUGGCGGCGGCCGGGAAGUUCGUCAAGGAGUGGAGCACCUGGGCCAUGAAGAAGGCCAAAGUCGUCACUCACUACGGAUUCAUCCCGUUGGUCAUCAUCAUCGGCAUGAAUUCGGACCCCAAGCCAUCCCUUUCUCAGCUCCUCAGCCCCGUGUAAAAUCAAUUUUGCGAUUUGGGUAUUCUGAUGUUGGAUUUCCCUAGCUGUUUCCGUUCUUCGCUGUUGUGUCUAUCAGCCGACUUCACGAUUAGCUACUAGUAGUUUAUAUGCUUUUGUUGUUAGAUUUGGGAAUUUGUGCACUUUGUUAUUGGUGGUUAUAUGCUGCUAGUUAAUCGAAUUUGUUUGGGCUACUGAUUUCAA